AUGGCUAGCAAGGCAGAUAGUGAAGAGGGCAUGAAUGCAAUAGAGCGUGGCCGGUUUCGAUACAAGCAGAAAGAUUAUAAUGGUGCUCUUGAAGCUUUCAGCGAAGCUGUUGCUUCAUACGCGGAUCACAUGCUGCUCACAGCAUUGGACAGUCGAGCAGCGACAUACGAGAAGCUGGGGCAGUUGAUGCCGGCACUGAGAGAUGGGAAGACGAUGAUCGAAACGAAGCCAAAAAUGUCGAAGGGAUACCUUCGUACCGGCAAGAUACUGCAAUUGCAAGGAAAGGAACAGCUUGCUUUGCAAAUAUAUGCCAGAGGCCUGGCCAAAGUAGCUUCUGGAACUGAUAAAGAACGUCAGCAUCUGGUGACAUUUCAUGAGAAAUUGCGACAAGCAUUGAAGCCAGGCGAAUCCAAAGAUUUCAUCUACCGUCUUCCGCUGGAGUUGGCUUUGAUAAUAUGUCAAAAUCUGCCCAUGCGAGACCGAGUAGUCUGCUUAGCUGUAUCUAAAGGAUGGAAAAACGUCCUCGAAUCAUCCACUCAGCUUUGGACCACCCUCGACACGACACAUGCUAGAAGAGCGGUCAGUCUGAGAUCGAUCAAGAUCCACCUGAGACGGUCGAAUUACACGUUGGAUCGCGCAAUCAUCACAUUGAAGGCAUAUAUCGAUGCCGAAAAAAUGAAAUUUAUCACCAGGACAUGCAAGAAUUUACGAGAACUGCACAUCACUGGAAACGGCGUUAUUGGCGAUACCUUGUAUUGUGGUUUACCUGGGGCCACUUCGUUAGAGACGAUAUCUACCUCUCAUAGUACCGAGAUUCCUUUGCAUGCUGUUCAGUCAGUUCUUAAAGCUUGUCAUAAGUCAUUGGUAGACAUCAAGUUCCUCCAAAUCAGAGGAAGUAGGGCCGCUUUCAUUCACGGAAAGUGGACGAUGGCCGAGUCGCUCAAGACUAUACACCUCAAAGCUGGUCAGGAUGCCUGUUUAGACUUUGAUGGUCUUCGAGACAAUACUCCAAACGCCAGCUCUGUAGUUCUGACCAACUGGAAGAUCACAGUACAUGUCGUCGAUGCAACAGCGUGGAAAUGCCUCGAAAGACUCGAUCUCACCGACACGCAACUCAGUCGCCUUCCCAAAUUCCCUCCCACCCUCAAACACCUUGUGCUCAGCGAAAACCCCCAACUCCAUUUAAGACCAGACGACGAGAAACCGACUCUUCUUCCAUUACUUGAAACAUUUGCCUGCGCGUCAACAUCUCUCGAUGGCGAAGCUCUCAAAAUCAUAACUGCCGCAUCCAUCAGAGCUCAUAAUUUAAAACGUCUUACCGUCGGCGACCGAAUGGUAAACCCAAAUACUGGCCUUGUCAAAGAAGAAUUCCCGCCUUGCGAGACACUCGAGGAACUCUCUCUCGCAUCUAUGAUACUCAAUGAUCGUACAGCGCUCGAAAUAGUGAGCCUGUAUCCCAAUGUCAAAAGAUUGGACAUCUCGGCAACUCACAUCACGGGGGUAGCUGUUAAGGCAUUCGUCAACAUGGGCCUCAAGUGGCUGAGGAUCAACGAGUGUGAUCGCAUUAGUGCUGAUGCGGUGGAGUGGGCUCGUGGCAAGGAUAUUGAGAUUAUUCACAACCUUUUGAGCCGCGGAAUUCAAGUAAGAGGUGCCGCGAGGUUUGCCGACAGUGUGUUUGGAAGCAGUUUCUAA